UUACAGGGGGGAGCAGAACAUAAUAUUCCUGUGGUCAUUUCCAAAAUCUCCAAGGAACAAAAAGCGGAACUUUCAGGAUUACUCUUUAUUGGGGAUGCAAUUCUACAGAUAAAUGGAAUUAAUGUGAGAAAAUGCAGACAUGAAGAAGUGGUUCAGGUUCUUCGGAAUGCUGGAGAAGAAGUGACCUUAACGGUAUCAUUUUUAAAAAGAGCACCUGCUUUCCUGAAACUCCUGCUCAAUGAAGAUUGUGCAUGCGCCCCCAGCGACCAGAGCAGCGGCACCUCCUCUCCUCUUUGUGACAGUGGCCUGCAUCUCAACUACCAUCCCAACAACACAGACACGUUAUCAUGUUCAUCGUGGCCCACAUCUGCAGGCUUGAGAUGGGAAAAGAGAUGGUGUGACCUCAGACUCAUUCCUUUACUUCAUUCACGGUUUUCUAAGUAUGUCCCUGGCACAGACUUGAGCCGGCAGAAUGCUUUCCAAGUCACUGCCGUGGAUGGUGUGUGCAGUGGGAUUAUCCAGUGCCUCUCUGCUGAAGAUUGCAUUGAUUGGCUACAAGCAAUAGCAACAAAUAUUUCAAACCUUACAAAGCACAAUAUUAAAAAAAUCAACAGAAAUUUUCCUGUAAACCAGCAGAUAGUCUACAUGGGCUGGUGUGAAGCACGGGAGCAGGAUCACCUUCAGGAGAAGAUGUAUUCUCCAGUAUUUCUCGCCCUUAGGGGUUCAAGUCUUUACAAGUUUUUGUCACCUCCAGUGACCACUUGGGAUUGGACCCGAGCUGAAAAAACAUUUUCCAUUUAUGAAAUUAUGUGCAAGAUUCUCAAGGACAGUGACCUGCUGGACCAGCGGAAAUGCUGCUUUACCGUGCAAUCUGAGUCUGGGGAGGACCUCUACUUCUCCGUGGAGCUUGACUGUGACCUCACACAGUGGGAGCGAGCCUUCCAAACGGCAACUUUCCUAGAAGUGGAGCGGAUACAGUGCAAGACAUAUGCGUGUGUGUUAGAAAGUCAUCUAAUGGGACUCACUAUUGACUUCAGCACAGGAUUCAUCUGCUUUGAUGCUGCAACAAAGGCUGUACUUUGGAGGUACAAAUUUUCUCAGCUUAAAGGUUCUUCAGAUGAUGGCAAGAGCAAAAUCAAAUUUUUGUUUCAAAAUCCAGACACUAAACAGAUUGAAGCAAAGGAGUUGGAAUUUUCAAAUUUGUUUGCUGUUCUUCACUGCAUCCAUUCAUUCUUUGCUGCCAAGGUAGCUUGUUUGGACCCUCUGUUUUUAGGCAGCCAUGCCACUGCUUCUGCUGCUGCUGCCAGCUCUGCUACAACAAGCAAAGGGAAGUAUCCAACUUGACAUAUUGAGCGCAUCCUUGUCCCUUUGGAUGACUGUAUAAGAAUAGUCAUUGUAUUAAUCAUUCUCCACCUGGAGAAACCAGAAAACAGGACAUCAACAGUGAAGCAAAAUUGAAGCUUCAGCAGCAUAAAAGGUUAUACCUCAAAAACAUCUAUAUUCUGGAAGGUAUCUGUGAAUAAUCCUAGAUAAUAGAACAUCUUUUUUCACAUUUUAUCGAGUUGUAUCAGUAUACUGCUUUAAUCAAAAGUGAUAACAAGGAAGAGGAUGAUUCAAGUAUGUAUGUAAAUAAUAUUAAAAGUGUAACCUACCUAUAUGAAUAUCAAUCAAAUGGUUAUUUCUGGGUUUUUAGAUUAUUUUGUAUGCCAAAUACAAUAGGCCACAUUAAGAAUGAGUGCAUUAUCAUUGUAUUAUAAGUGGCAUAAAGGAGGAAAAAGAACAAACCUGUGACAAGAAUAUUAACAUACAAAAACUCUCAAAGAUAAAAUCAUUUUAAUGUCCUGAUACAAAUUGUUCCUGUAUUCUCAUUCCAUAAACUGAUACUGACAUUCCAUAUUCUUUAAAAUUAUAAAACAGUUAGACACAUUGUAAAAAGAUCAUUGCAUUGGCCUAAGAUAGGGGGGAGAAAUGUGCUAUUUUGCUCUUGAUCACUGACACUAGUUGUUGAUUUUAA